GAGGGUGAAGCCGGCGCGGGCCUCGCGCCGCCGCGGGGAGGGGAGAGGAGGACACCUAGGCUCUCCUCUCCCCCCUCCCCCGCGCGCCAUGUAACCCCGCCCCGCGGGCGCGAGCCUGAGACCCCCGCGCGCGCGGGUCCCGGCCGGCGGCUGGAGAGCGAGGCCCGAUGCGGCAGGGGCUGCGCGGCGCCUCGGAGCCCUAAGGAAGCGGCCCGCGCUCGCGCGUCUCCCGGCGCCUCGAGCGGUCGCUCCUCUCAGCCCAGCCUGGGCCUGCCGGGGGACAUGAGCGUGCCGGAGACGCCGGGGGAGAUGGAGCGGGCCGCGGAGGAGGAGCGGCCGCCACCGACGGCCGGGGACGGGAACGAGGAGGAGGCGGCGGCGGCCCGGGCCUCGGGGCUGGACCGCAGGAGGAGUGCCUCCUCGUUGGACGACGAGGAGGAAGAGGUGGCGGAGGCGACGGUGGUCGCAGGCGGUGGCUGCAAGGAGCAGGACCUGACCUACGAGCUGCAGCAGGGCUACCGCAUCCUGGGCGAGUUCCUGCAGGAGAAGCACCGCGGCCUCACCGCCCCUUUCCUGCAGCCCUUGGGGGGCGUUGCCGCCGGGGAAGAAGAGGUAGCCGAAGGGCGGCGCAGCGGGGGCCGGGGCAGUCGCGUCGUCCCGCAGCAGCCUGGCCAGGGCAUGUGUCUGUUGAAGAUGGAGGAGAAGUUCUCCCGCGGCCAGUACAGGGGCAUCACCGAGUUUGUGGCGGACUUCAGGUUGAUGCUGGAGAUGUGCUACCGCCUGCAUGGAGUCGACCACUGGAUCUCCAAACAGGGCCAGAAACUAGAGAUGCUGCUGGAGCAGAAGUUGGCGCUUCUCUCUAGGCACUUGAGAGAAAAGACAACGAUAGCAGUUACAUCUAGAGGCUAUUAUGGAUUGGAGGAGGAGAAGGGAACUGCAUGUACUUCAACAAGGCGCCGGUCAACACCUCGAAGUUUGGCAGGUUUGACAAGUGGAGUUUUUGAGUCUAUAAUGGUUCAAGUUUUGAGACAGGAAGAACAGCUGAGAGCAAAAGAAGAAAAAAGGCUUCGGGAGCAAGAAAGAAAAGAAGCAGAAGAAGCUUGCCAGAAGGAAGUAGAAGAGUGGGAAAGGAAACUUCUUGCUCAAGCAGCUCCAGCCUGUAUGGAGAACAUGUGGGAAAUUCCAGCCAUUGGGCAUUUUCUUUGUUUAGCCCAGCAGAUUCUAAACUUGCCAGAAAUUGUCUUUUAUGAACUGGAACGCUGUCUUCUGAUGCCUCAGUGUAAUGCCUUUCUGUCUAAAAUAAUGACGUCUUUGCUAAGUCCUCCCCACCGCAGGCCGACCUUACAUCGAAGACCUACUUUGCCUUACAGGACGUGGGAAGCAGUGCUGAGGCAGAAAGUACAGCAGUGGUACACGGCUGUAGGGCAGACUGAGAACCCUGAUAACUGCGCUGAGAAACUUGGCUUGUGCCCUCAGUUUUUUAAGGUUCUUGGAGAAGUUAAUCCAUUGGAAGAAAAACCUUUUCACGAGCUACCUUUCUAUCAAAAGGUGUGGUUACUUAAAGGGCUCUGUGACUUUGUGUAUGAAACACAGAAAGAAGUUCAGGAUGCUGUGCUUGGGCAGCCCAUUCAUGAGUGUAGGGAAGUCAUCCUUGGCUAUGACUAUCUGGAGAAUGCUUAUGUGCACUUUCCACAGUUCUGUGGUGCGGAUGUACGGAUUUAUAAACAAAGACCCUUUCAGGCCCCAGAAUUUCCAGUUCCACCCAUUAAAGUAAAAAGAGUACCUCGAAUUAAACUGGAGAAAUUCAAGUGUGACUAUGUAAGUACAAGUAAUGGAGAUCACAGAUGUAAUAGAGAAAGUCUGCCCUCUGUCUUCAAGAAAGAGCAAGAAAUUGAUUUUGGUCCAGCCCACUGUCCUGCUAAAAUGAACUUUGGUAAUCAUGACAUCUCUGUGGAAAUGGAAGUAAAAUCCAACUGUGACAUUAAAAUAAACAGGUCCUGUGAAAUUGAAAAAACUGAUUGUUGUAAAGAAAAUUUGGAGAAGCCCGGAAGUCCAGGAGAAGUUACGGGCUUUGGAGAGCCACUCAGUCCAGGUGAAAUAAGGUUUAUAGAAAAUCAGGAAAAACAUGGUGAAGCUUCCAGAGUAAAGACAGAACCCAGUCCACUAAAAGAAAAUGCUCUGAAAUCUUGCCAAAUUCAUGUAAAUGGUAGUCACAUCGAUCAUCAAGACAUUAACUGCCACAAAGUUGUGAGAGAUCUUUUGUUAGAGCACUCCUUGCAAAGCCACAAAAAACUAAAACUAACUAAAAUGAGGGCAAAAAAGAAGAAAAAGAAAAAGAAGAAAUUGAAAGAUGUUUUGAAUGAAAAUUUACAAAGAAAGCGUGAAGGUCUUCAUUCUCUUGCUUUCAAAUCUUACAAACCUGAGAUCCAAAAUAAGUUAUUGAUCAUUAAGAAGAAAGGAAAACACAAAAAGCACAAAUCUGGAAAAAAAUCCAUAUCUAAAAAAGCAAUCACAAAGAAGAGGAAAACUGUCACAAAGUCACCUGCUGUGCCGGAGUUUCAGCUUAUUUGCACUAAUCUUGAUGAACUCAGGGAAUUAAUCACAAAAAUCGAGAAUGAACUCAAAGAUCUGGAAAACAGUAGAAAAAAAUCGGGCAAAUGGUACCAUCGGAGGCAAGCUGUAAAAGAAUUGCAUAGUACACUGGUACGCCUUUUAAAUGAAUUGUUGCCAUGGGAACCAAAGUUAAUGAAGGCUUUUCAGAGAAACAGGAGCCGCCUGAAGAAAGACUAUGAUGAUUUCCGAAGACAACCUGAUCAUAGUCAGUUCACAAGAGAGCUAUGGACUACUGAAGAAUGUGAAAGGAACCCUGAGAGAGAGCCUCCUACAGCAGAAAUCAGUAAGUCUGUAGAUGCAGCAGAACCUCUAGACAACCUGGAGACAGAACACGUGGAUUCUGAUGAUAUGAAAUUAUCAGAAAUAGGCUAUCCUUUGGCCAGAAGCAAGUUGUUGAAAAAGGAAUUGUCUUCUAAAGAUGUAGUGAAGACACUGCCUAAAACACUUAAACGACAGUCCAAACAAAGCAGUUAUCUGGAUGAUAGCACAAAGGAGCUUUCCCCAAGGAAGAAAGCAAAGCUAAGCACAAAUGAAACAUCAGUUGAGAACUUGGAAGUUGAUAUGCAGAUUGACUGUUUGAAUGAGUCAAAACAUACAGAACUGCCGUUGGAGUCAUUUGCCUCAAAGGAUUCAGUACCAGUGUCUACUCUCCAGAAAGGGACCAAACCUAUUCAGGCCUUGCUUGCAAAGAAUAUUGGGAACAAAGUGACCUUAACAAAUCAACUGCCCCCUUCCACAGGUAGAAAUGUUCCUGCUGUGGAAAAGCCAGCUGUGUCUCCUGCAGAAACAAGCCCCGUAAAGCCAGCAUUGAGUGGCCUCACUGGUACAAAAGGACCUUUACAGAUGGUAUACAAAAUGCCCUGUGGUCAGUGGCUGCCAGUUGACCUUCACAAUAGCUCUGUCAAGAUUCAGAUGCAGCCUGUGGUGGAUUCUAAAACAGGAGAAAAGAUCAUGCAGCAAGUCCUUAUUCUGCCUAAGAAUUUUGUGAUUCAGCACAAAGACGGAAAAGCUUUUGCAAAAGAGCUAGCAGCACCUCAGCAGAAGGGUGCAGAGCAGGGUUCCUUAGUGUCUGUUCCUGUCACCUCAGGAGGGACAGUUUCUACCCAACUGCCUAAUACAGUUUUUAGUAAGCCACUUACACCUUCAUCAAAUGUGAGUGCUAGAUCACAGCCUUUGUCACCUGUAACCUCUGUAAGUAAUGUAUUAGCAUCACCCGUUAAGGCUAGCCAAAGUGAAGCAGGGAAAGUCAAGAAUGCAGUUUCGUCAGCCACAUUCCCCCAGCCUGUUACUUCACCCACCAUUUCCUCAACAGUUCAGCCUCUGUUACCAGCAACAACACUAAAUGAAUCUACAGAUCCUGCCAGUUCCCUCACCUCUUUUUCACAGCAAACUGCUGAUUGUGCUGAGGCAAAGCAAGAACUAAAAACUGUAUGUAUAAGAGAUUCACAGUCGAUUCUUGUUAGGACUCGAGGUGGGAACACUGGAGUUGUAAAAGUACAAACUAAUCCAGAACAAAAUUCACCCAGCAGUUUAUCUUCAAGCUCUGUUUUCACCUUUGCACCUCAACUUCAGGCAUUUCUGGUGCCAAAAUCAACAUCAUCCCCUGUUUUUUCACAAGGAGCUGGAAUGACCGCUACAUCUACUCCCCCAUCUUUCAGCCAGACACCUACUUGUGUUUCUAUUUCAUGUGGUUUUCAUCCAUCCAUGGGAAAAAGUCUCAAACCUAUUUUAGGCCAACCCCCCAGCAGUGGCUGUGUGGGCCCCAUGAUAGAAAAAAACUCAUGCAUGCCCUCUUCACCUGUGAAGCCCUCCAUUUCUUCCAGCUCGCUGCUCCCAUCAACAACAAAUAGUUCAGUUAGUGUGAUUAGCAUAUCAACAGGAAAUUUCGGACAAACAAAUACAAAUGUUAUUCAUACAUCAAGUAAAGCGCAACAAGUAGAUUAUUUCACAAAAAGCUACCAAGUUACAAGAUCAGAAACAACAGCAGCAAUAAAUGGAGAUGUGCUCAGUGAGACUCCUGUUCAGAAACUCAUGCUAGUGUCAAGUCCGUCUGUUCUUCCCAGCAGUGCACCUUCAGUUAAUAUGGCACCGGCACCAACAUCUACAAGUGUUUCUACCCAGAAAGUCGUUUUUAUUAAUGCUCCAGUUCCUGGUGGCACUUCAGCCUCAGCUAUUGUUGCAGAAUCAUUAAAACAGACACUUCCUCCUCCCUUGAGUAAAACUUACGUUAAGACUCCAGAGCAACCCCAAAUAGUACUAAUUCCAUCUACAUUGGGAGCACCAAUAAAAAUCAAUUCUUCACAAACUGUGUCUCAGAUUAAAGAUGUGAAAAUUGGGCUAAACAUAGGUCAGGCAAUUAUAAACCCUCCAGGAAAUCUGCCAGCUAUAUCAUCAGUUAAUAUACUGCAAAGUGUAAUGCCGAAAGGAGAAGACAAAAGUAGUAAGGGCUAUGUUUCGCCCUUGUCAACAAGUAGUACUGCAGUCCUAGCAAGCUCAAAUAUUGUGAGUCAGAAUCUUCCUCCUAUUAAUGAGUCAGUGGUUUCUACAGCAAGAGCUGCAAACAUGUUUUCAGGAACAGGAGCAAAUGUACCUUUGAGUUCCCUUUCGGUGACCUCAUCCUCUGCUUCAGUUGGGACUCGACCUCCUGUUUUAGUCAGUGGAACUGACACCUCUUCAAGAAUUAUGCCUGUUUUGUCAAAUAGACUUUGCACAUCAAAUCUUGGAAACACUGUAGCUAUAUCAACUGUGAAAACAGGGCACCUUGCAUCAUCUGUUCUCAUUUCAACUACACAACCAACAGUGUCUCCUAAAUGUUUGACAUCAGCUUUGCAAAUCCCUGUUACUGUUUCCCUGCCUACACCUGUGACUACAUCUCCAAAAAUAAUCAACACAGUUACACAUUCAGCAACAGUACCAGGAGCCACACACGCUGUAUCUCUUUCCAAAAGACAGUCUCGGACUUCUCUCCAGUUUCAGUCGCCAGGGACUUCAACUACAGUGCCAGCAAAUGCAAACACAAGUAAACCUCAAGCUGAAUUAUCAUCUCUCUCACCAAGUCCAGGUAAAAUAAUUAAUACUUCCAAUGUUACUUCUAUACCAAACCAACUUAUGUCCCCUUCAUUAGUAAAAACAACUUCUGGUAACAAUUCUAUUGCAGGUGGCUCUGCCAUUCACACUUACACACCGCCAUUAAAUAUAACUAGUCUGGCAGGUGCUUCAUUCAGUGAACCUUGUAUUCAGCAAAAAAUAGUUAUCAAUACCAGUACACCUUUGGCACCAGGUACUCAAAUCAUGAUGAAUGGAGCUCGGUUUAUUGUUCCACCACAAGGUCUUGGAGCAGGUAGCCACGUCCUCCUUAUCUCUACUAAUCCAAAAUAUGGACCUCCCUUAGUUCUUAACAAUGCCCAAGGUGUACCAGCGACACCAGUAGAUAAUCCUGUCCAGAAGAUCAUACAGACAUCAAAUCAUUCUCUAAGUGGUCAACCUUUAAAGCAUUCUGUGAGAAACUCUACAAAGAUUGUAAACUGUCUUGGAAGUCAUUCAGUACCACAGAUGGUAAACACACCUGCUAAAGUUUAUGUUCCACCUGCACCAACGGUGCCAUUGACUUCGGUGAUUAAGUCCUCUCCAGCUACUCUUUUGACAAAGACAUCUUUGGUUUCUGCCAUUUCCUCCAAUAAUCCUCCACUGCCAAGUAGCACAUCGGUAUUUCAUUUGGAUACCUCUGUCAAAAAGUUAUUGGUUAGUCCAGAAGGAGCCAUUUUAAAUACCAUAAAUACUCCAGCAUCUAAGGUAUCCUCAUUGUCUUCAUCUCUUCCUCAAGUUGUUGUAUCUGUGAGUCAGAGUCCUGCCUCUGCCUUCCCUGCUUUUCAAUCAUCUGGUUCAGAGAAACCUGACAAAGCUGCAUCUUGAAUUUAGACUAAAUGAGCCAGUUUUUAAGUAAUGGGGCAUUGUUUUAACUCCCAUAAAAAUUUUAACUGUUUAUUAUACUGUUGAAAACAUACUGUUCAUACGUGUGUCUGCGUGUCUGUGUGUGUGUGUGUGCUCGCGCGCGCGCGCGCGUAUAUGUGUGUAGUAUGUGUAUGUAUGUAUGUAUGUAUCUUCAUUACCUUGCACAAGACUUUGUUUUCUUGGGGAGGGCAAAGUAAACCAUUUCACUCAUUGGUGUGAGGAUGUUUUUCCAAGGUUCUUUGUUCAAACUGUGUCAUCAACAUUUACCUGUCUGUAUAACAUAAAUUGAACAAAGUCAAGUUUGACUAGUUUAAGUAAGCUAGCCUUUUCAUAAUUAUAUUGAUGUUUCUUCUUAAAUUUGGACUGUUGUGGUAUAUCUACAGUAUAGUAUUCUGUGUCAUUAGUGAAAUCUUAUUUUUGUUUCUGUAAAAAGAAAAUUAUAUAUAUAUUUAUGCAUUAAGAAAAUGCAGUUCAUGGUGUAAAAUUGUACAUAUUCCUUAAGUCCCUCAUAAUCUGUACUAAAUAUAUGUACAAAGAACAAUACUGUCUUAUUUAUGUUUUGUUUACAUAAUGUAUAGUUUUUUAAGUAUUUUAGUAAUUUUGGACCAGUGAACUGUUAGCAACAAUGCAGAAGAAUCUGCAUAUAAUAAAACUGAGUUGCUGUAUUUCUUUGUUUGAAUACCAUUUUUAAAAUGUGUUCUUGUCCAUUGGAAGAAUACAUGAUAUAAUGAAAAAGGUGUUAAAAUUGGCAAGUAUGUAGAAAUAAUGACGCUUGCACGGUCUUUACACUUGACAUUUGAUUUCUACAGUAAUCUUGGGGGUUGAGUGGCACCUGGUUCAUGGGGAUGGAGCCAGGGUGUGAGUCUGCUGCUUCACACUCUCUCCGUGGUUGUGCUUUACUUUUGAAGUUUUCAUUCAAAAGUUUAUGGUCCUAGACACUUAAAAAAAAAAAGCACCAAAUUCUGUAUUGAGCAGAACAAAUGUGUUGUUUUCAGAAAAGAAUAUUUGGUUUAUGUCAAUACAUCCAGAAUUGUUUCUCAAAACUCUUAAAACUUUUUUUUAGGUUUCUGUAUAACCAUAAACAGUCCUGGAACUUUCCAUAUAGCCAAGGCUGGCCUUGCCUCAGCCUCCUGAGUGUACCAGGAUUAUAGACAAGGACUGCCAUGCCUGGUGAGACUUACUUUGUAAAAAUCUGGGUUCAUAAGAGGUUGCAAAAACCUGGUCUACAGAGUGAGUUCCAGGACAGCCUCCAAACAAUACAGAGAAACCCUGUCUCAAAUGAAAAACCAAAAAAAAAAAAAAAGAGGUUGCAAAAGUAAUGCAGAGUGGUGGCAUUCCCCUUCCCCUCCUUCUCCACAUUUCUGUUUGAGGUCUUGGUUCAUUGUUACUGAUCUUCCAAAACUAUGUUUAAGUACAUCAAUGUCUUUGUCUUUUGAAAUUAAAAGUGAGCAAAAAUAUUAGUGCUCUCCUUUUACUCAGAUUAUAGAGCAGCUGCAUAAAUUGUGAUGUGAAACCAACUCUGUUGCUCAGUUGGUUUGACUCAGGGCUUGACUUUGUAGAGCUUGAGAGUGUGCCUCAUUAUAAAUAAAGGUAGCUUUUUACUCA